GGGGAAGACGCUCUUUCACCAUCGAGGGCGGGAGACCGUGAGGCGCCUCUGGCCUUGCUUGAUAUGCCGCGCAGCAUCACUCGCCCCCCUGCUUUAGGCGGGAGAGCCCCUCACCUCAGCUCGCUUCACCCAGCGCACUGGCUGUAUACCGCUUAAGGGUAGGUGCUGUAUGCGGGGCAAGGGUGAUACGGCGCGCGCGCGGCGUUCGUCACAGACGCACGGCAUAAAGAGGCCGCUGCACCGGUGGCCAUCCUCAUCUGAGCACCGUACUCUGGGAACACAACGACGCCGAGCCUACUCACAGUCACCGGCGCCAAAGUGUGAGCUCGAACCACUGCCGAUCCCAUUCAGUCGCCCGCUCGUCGGUGUUCCGAGCGGUUAACCGUGCCACUGCGGGCAUCGUAUCCUUGGACCGGCGUCCACCUUAUUUAAGCGCACCGGAACCAGGAGAGCCGUGUCGGCGUCGAUAGACUUCAUGGAGCUGUGCGGACUGCGCCACGCGCCCAGCUGGCUGCUGGUGCUCUCCCUGACGGUGACCGGAGUGCUGCCGCAGUUGUUUCCGAUUCAGAUCUGCGCUUAUAAUGACCCCCGUCACAGCAUAUGUCGCUACAGAGCCCUGGCGUGCCCCGGCAAGCAGUUGCUACGUUCGGGAGGAGUGACCAAGGCCCAGCAGGACCACAUCGUGGACCUGCACAACCAGCUAAGGGCCUGGGUUGCGGGUGGAUACCAGAGCGGCCUUCCCGCUGCUGCUAACAUGAGGGCGCUGACUUGGGACGAUGAACUGGCGACUGUCGCUCAGCGCUGGGCCGACCAGUGCACAGACGGCCACGACAAAGAAAGGAGCGUCAGCCGCUUCCACGUGGGUCAGAACGUGGCGCUAGUCUGGACGUACGACUUCGAGGACGACCUGCAAGACGAGCCGGACUGGGACUCGCAGGUCUACGCCUGGUACAACGAGGCCACAGAGUUCCACUUUAAGUCGGCCUCCAUCAGCCCCUUCAGGUUCAGCAAGAAGCUCGGACACUUUACGCAGCUCGUCUGGGCCAACACGUACAAAGUUGGUUGCGGCUACGCCUACUAUCGCCAGAGUGUCCGGGGCCUGACCAAGAUCUACGUGUGCAACUACGGACCAGGCGGUAACAUCAUCGGCGGUGCCAUGUACGAGCAGUCGCCUGUCCCCACGUGCAGGCCAGGCCUUGUGCCAGCAGCCAACACCUACAGCGGACUCUGCGACAAGGACCCAUACUACGUCGGCUACGACGACGAAAACGAGGACCUCGAGGGCACGUUCGGGAGCAGCGCGACCCACGUGGUGUCCAGCAGCCCCUUCCAGACGUCGUACCAGACGUUCCUGCUGAACCACCCCGCUGUGCCCUCCAUCUCCGGCGCGGUGCCGUCGUCCACUAACUAUUUCCUGCUGGGCCGCAUCCGCAGGACUUCGCCGGGAAAGCAGAAACGGAACUCCACAAGCACUUCCGCUUAAGGCAUCCUCCUUGUUGCCGCUUGCAGCCGCACUCCGCGAAAAGGUUACGCACCACGAAGCUGCGCAUGCGCUGCAGUCGUUGCAUGCAAGUUAUGCCGCACGUAGGGCAACGACCGGACGAGUUCCUCAGAAAUACUCGAAACGCGGAGGAAGUUUCGUACAACUAAUUUCUAUAUCGUCGCAAUAGCGCGAAAAUGAAACGAAUCGCUCUGCUCAAAAAAGCGCGCCCGUCUUCCUCGUGCAGUGGAAUUGACAGGAGCUUCAAUACACAUCGAACUUGCAUAUAAUACACACCGAACCAGGACAUUCAUAUAACAUAGCAAACGCACGGCACAGUUUCUACGUUGGCGCUGUAAGCUUAUCAUUUUCUUGCCUUCUAAGCGAAGGCAAGAGCGAGGGGAGAGUAACAAACAAAGGUAUUGUAUCGAAAGGCGCAUAAGAAGCCGGAAAAUACGCACAACGAGAUGGAGCCGGCGCUCCUGCACAGCUCAAAUCAUGGCUUAGCGUUUGCCUUCGAGCUGCUGUUCAAUAAUAGUGGCGCUAAAGACAAUAUAAUGUGACUGUUCAUGCAUGUUUAUAUGCCUCACGAAAAGCACGACCAUGAUCGUAGGUCAUUGUCUCCUCAUUACAUUAGUCCACUAAUGUUAUGCACUAAUGGCACUAAAGGCAACGACCGGAGUUUAUUUAGACGGGUGCUAGCAUGCUGGCAUCUGAUAUGCUUUCGCAAGUGCUUAUGUCAGUAUGCUACUCGCUGCCUAUAACUACGGAAGUCUGCUUCUCCGUGAACAAAGUUUCUGAAUUCCGCCACGUCUGCAGCGCAAGCGCCGCUAUAGCCUUUCGCGACACGCAUCAGUGAUAAUUACAAGUGUUCCGUGCGUAAACAAGUCGCAGCUUUCACUUCCAGAAAGAGCGAAAAAAAAGAGCAUUACCGUGUUAUAGCAUUUGCGAAGAGCAACUUAAGUCAUGGCGGUGAAAAGCAGAGGCGAUACUUCCUUUUUACUUCAAGUAUAUAGCAUCCAACUCGCGAAAGGUCGUAACCGUUUUGCUGCCUUGCUUGUCUGUGAUACAACUCAAAGGAACGAGCGGCUCAAUGAAAUGACAAAGCAAGUGACCUCAGGAGUAAAAAAAUAAAGAGAGAAAAGGAGAGGUAGCCUUUUCUUGUAUGGUCUAUACAGGGUAAACAAAUCGCUAGCGCAAAAUUAAGGCGUUAAUAACUGUUAGUGGACAUCAUUGCAAUUGCGGCGCUGUAGCACCCACAAAGAGUUUCAUGCCUCUUUUUCUUUUAUAUUACUUCUUUGUAUUUUCUUUCCUUCAACACUUCUUUGAAGGAUCGUGCGCACGUUCGUCGAGAAACAGUCAUGUGACGACCGCAUUCUCAUGUUGUGUAAAUAUACGAUUUCCCGCAUCACCCGUUCUCCGAGUCAUAGGCGCGCGUAAAUUCGUAUACGCUCUGCUCAUGUACGAUAUACGUUCGCAAUAAAAAUAUAUAUAUUUUGUA